CCAGAAUUGUGUGUAUUCUCCUUUAAGGGGCUGGGCAUCUCUCCCGCCCUCUCCAGAGUCGACUGAAGUUUCCGAGGAGACUUCUCAGGCUGGGCUGGACACACCUUUCCAAGGACCCCCACACUCUGCUCCGUGCACCUCAAAUGCUCCUUUCCCUUGUGUCCAACCCCCUACCCCUCUCCCUAACUGCCCUCUUCUCAACAAGACUCAGCCUCUCCCUGAGGUGGGUGAGCAUCCUUGAGGUUUCCCACCCUUAACUGCUCCGUCCCCGGAUGGAGCCAGAGAAAUGUGGUGGGGGGGCCGGGGCCAGAGUUUCAACAUUGCCCCCCAGAAGGAGGAGCCAGAGAUGGGGUCUCAAGUUCGUUGUCUCAUUAUCCAUUAACCAGCCCCUCCCUUUGCUGUCUGCCAGCCCUGUCUGUCCAGGAAAGCAGGAUGCCGGAGCCCAGGAGUCGUCAGCCUAGCAGUUGCCUGGCCUCCAGAUGCCUCCCAGGGGAGCAGAUCCUAGCAUGGGCCCCAGGGGUGAGGAAGGGGCUGGAACCCGAAUUGUCUGGAACCCUGAUCUGUACCAACUUUAGGGUCACCUUCCAGCCCUGUGGAUGGCAGCAGAAUCAGGACACUCCCUUAAGCAGUGAAUAUGAUUUUGCCCUGGUCAACAUUGGGCGAUUAGAGGCUGUGAGCGGCUUGUCCCGAGUCCAGCUCCUCCGUCCAGGGUCCCUGCUUAAAUUUAUCCCUGAGGAGAUUAUGAUUCAUGGCCGAGACUUCCGGCUACUCAGAGUUGGUUUCGAGGCUGGAGGCCUAGAGCCUCAGGCUUUUCAGGUGACCAUGGCCAUUGUCCAAGCCAGAGCUCAGAGCAAUCCAGCCCAACAGUAUUCGGGGAUAACCCUGAGCAAGGCUGGCCAGGCUUCUGGCUCCAGAAAACCACCAGUUCCUCUCAUGGAGACAGCGGAAGACUGGGAGACUGAGCGGAAGCAGCAGGCAGCCAGAGGCUGGAGAGUCAGCACGGUCAACGAGAGGUUUGACGUAGCCACCAGCCUCCCCCGUUACUUCUGGGUCCCUAACCGAAUUCUGGACAGUGAGGUCAGGAGAGCAUUUGGCCACUUUCAUCAGGGCCGUGGACCGCGCUUGUCCUGGCAUCACCCUGGGGGCAGUGAUCUUCUCCGCUGUGGAGGCUUCUAUACAGCCAGCGACCCUAACAAGGAGGAUAUCAGAGCAGUGGAGUCGAUGCUCCAGGCUGGGCAUUCAGAUGUUGUCCUGGUAGACACUAUGGAUGAGCUGCCCAGCCUUGCAGAUGUCCAACUUGCCCACCUGAGGCUGAGGGCCCUCUGCCUGCCUGAUUCAUCUGUGGCUGAGGAUAAAUGGCUUUCAGCCCUGGAAGGAACACGAUGGCUGGACUAUAUCAGGGCUUGUCUUCGAAAGGCCAGUGACAUUUCAGUAUUAGUGACAUCCAGGGUUCGUUCUGUAAUACUUCAAGAGCGCGGUGAUCGUGAUCUCAAUGGCCUCCUCUCUUCACUCGUCCAGCUGCUUUCAGCCCCCGAAGCCCGAACACUGUUUGGCUUCCAAUCCCUAGUGCAGCGAGAGUGGGUGGCAGCUGGACAUCCCUUCCUGACUCGGCUUGGGGGAACUGGGGCCAGUGAAGAGGCUCCGGUGUUUCUCCUCUUCCUUGAUUGUGUCUGGCAGCUCCUCCAGCAGUUUCCAGCUGAUUUUGAAUUCUCUGAGUUUUUCCUUCUUGCUCUUCAUGACAGCGUCAGGGUUCCUGACACCCUUACCUUCCUGAGAAAUACCCCCUGGGAGCGCGGAAAGCAGAGCGGACAGUUAAACUCCUAUACACAAGUCUACACCCCAGGAUACUCCCAGCCCCCAGCUGGGGACUCUUUUAACCUGCAGCUGUCUGUCUGGGACUGGGAUUUACGCUAUAGCAAUGCACAGAUACUACAAUUCCAGAAUCCUGGCUAUGACCCAGAACACUGUCCAGAUUCCUGGCUCCCUAGACCGCAGCCAAGCUUCAUGGUUCCUGGACCCCCCAGUUCUGUGUGGCUCUUCUCUAGAGGAGCAUUGACCCCCCUGAAUCAGCUCUGUCCUUGGCGGGACAGUCCCUCCCUGCUGGCAGUCUCUUCUCGUUGGCUCCCUCGACCUGCUAUCUCCUCUGAAAGCCUGGCUGACCAGGAAUGGGGUCUCCCCUCACAUUGGGGAGCUUGCCCUUUACCUCCAGGGCUGCUGCUGCCUGGAUAUCUGGGACCCCAGAUCAGGUUCUGGAGACGCUGCUACCUGAGGGGAAGGCCUGAGGUCCAGAUGGGCCUCUCAGCUCCCACAAUCUCUGGCCUCCAGGAUGAGCUAUCCCAUCUUCAGGAGCUAUUACGGAAAUGGACACCAAGAAUAUCUCCUGAAGUUCACUCCAAGAAAAGAGAUCCACAUACCAUUCUCAAUCCCACUGAAAUUGUGGGCAUUCUCAAAGGCAGGGCAGAGGGGGAUCUGGGGUAGAGAAGGGUUCUGUCUAAUCCUUUUUUUUUUGUAUCUGGACUUGCAGCCUCAGCUUUCACACUCCAGCCCUUAAGUUCACUAAGAAGGUCUGAGUUUCUGCUGCAGAUGGUGGUGUUAACUGCUCCAACUCUUGUCCUGUCUUGCUUAGUUCCUACGGAUAUUUUUGUUUCUUGUCAUUUGAAGGAUUAAGAAACAAAACAAUCCAGAAAUUGAUCGUUUUUUUAGGCCAAUUCCAUCCCUUCUGGAUAACCAGAUGUUAAAUCGUGAGAUCAGAGAUGCUGUUCAUCAGUCCCAACAAGAUGGCCUAGAGAUCGCAUUCUCACCUCGCCUUGCUGCUGCUUUAAGUCCAACUUCUAUUUCUUCCCUUAUAGUUUUCUACGGGAAUGAGGCGGAUACAGGAAACACCCUGUCUCCUCUGUAUUUUUGUAGCGGAAUUUUCUAUUUAAGGGGCUCAUUAAAGCAUAGUAUUUAUACACGU